AGAAGGCGCAGUUUGCGGUACUCCGUGCCGCCACGCGACCGAUCAUGGAUAAAAAGAGACCACUCACUGAACGAGAGCUGCAAGAGAUCGUCGACAAUUUCUCUGAUUUCGAUGAGGAUAUAGUAGACUUUGCAGAUGAAAGCGAAUGAGAAGUUAUUCAGUAUAGUGUUUACGACAGCAAUCUGAGGUUGAGGACUCGGACUAUACACACGAAUUGGAGAAUCAAGGAGAUGAGUUCUUUUACAUUGGAAAGGACGAAGAGAAUGUCUGGAAAAGCACUCCUGUGAGUUUUACCAGUAAAACUAGGUCUAAAAAUAUAAUCAAGAUAUUACCAGGUUCAAAAGGAGCUGCGAAAACUUUGUCAAAUCAUUUAGAGUCAUUUUAUAUAUUUAUUUCCAAUGAGAUGAUUGACAAUAUCGUAGUAUGCACAAAUUUAUAUAUAGAAAAUAAAAAACAAAAUUUUGCAAGAGAUAGAGAUUGCAAAAUAACUUCGUCCACGGAGAUCCAGGCACUAUUCGGCGCGUUAUAUAUAAUUGCAGUAAAGAAAGGAAAUCGUGUAGAUGUGCGAGAACUGUGGAGUACAGAUGGAACUGGAAUGAUUAGACUUCGGGCUGCUUUUAGUUACAGAAGAUUUUUAUUCCUUUUACGUGCCUUACGAUUUGGCAAUAUCAACACUAGGAAAGAACGCCAAAAUAUAGAUAAAUUAGCUGCAAUACGGGAUAUUUACUCCGAUUUUGUAAAGAAUUGUAUGAAUAAUUACAUCCCUGGGAAUUCAUUACCAUUGAUGAAAUACUUCAUCCGUUUCGGGGGCGAUGUGGGUUCAUGCAAUAUAUGCCGCAAAAUACGGUAUAAAAAUAUAUGCUUUGUGUGAUAGUCGCACCUAUUAUACUUGGAAUCUUGAGAUUUAUUGUGGGCAACAACGAGAUGGUCCCUCUCAGACAAGUAAUAAGCCAUUCGAUAUAGUUCGAAGGUUGGUAGACCCUUUAAAAAAUUCCAAGAGAAACCUGACAACAGAUAAUUAUUAUACGAGCUAUCCCCUAGCAGAUUAUCUUUUGCAAAAUGGCCUUACGUUAAUAGGUACAAUAAAGAAAAAUAAAAAGGAAAUACCCCCGGAAUUCCUUCCGAAUGAAGCACGAAUAGUUGGUUCUUCAUUAUUCGGAUUUCAGGACGAAAUUAAUUUGGUAUCUUACGUACCCAAAAAGAAUAAAGCUGUGAUAAUUCUUUCUUCUGUUGAUGACAAAGGAGAGGUUGACGAGGCAACAAAUAAGCCAACCAUCAUUUUGGAUUAUAACAGGACGAAGAGUGGUGUCGAUACUGUCGAUCAAAAAUGUGCCUCUUAUACAACCCAGAUAACCACUAGACGAUGGCCCCUUGCAAUAUUUUUCCGCAUUCUUGAUAUUACUGGGAUAGACGCUGAAAUUGGAUUCACUAAUACUAAACCUCCAGAAGAGUCUCCUAGAAGACGAAAAUUCUUAAACGAAUUAGGCGUGUCUCUAAUGGAACAUCAUAUGGCGGAACGAGCGAAAAUAAUUACACUUCCAAAAGACAUUAGAGAAUUUCUUUCGCGAUACCAAACUACUGUUGAUGAGGUACCUGCAAUAAAGCAAAGUGGUAGUGGACGUUGUCAUGUUUGUAGUGCGCGUAAAAAUAAUAAAACUACUGUUAGAUGUGACUCAUGUGAUCAGUUUGUAUGUAAAAGCCAUUGCAAAAAAACAGUUCAAUGUGAUACUUGUUUGUAUACGUAUACCCCGAUAAAAAUUCAGUGUUUAUCUUUUAUGUUCGCUAUAGAAUAAUGUUUUAGUUUUGAAUGUUUAAAUAAAUCAGAGCGCAAUAUUAUAAAUAAACUGAUUUUUUAAAUGUCUAUUCUGUUUAAUUACAAA